CUCGUUCUCGACCCUGCGCAUAUAUGAUUGUAAGUGGUGUCAAGCACACUCCAAAUCCAAUAAUCGAUACAACGACAUCGAGUGAGUGCAUUAAUUGUACCGACCACAAUGGUAUACUUGGAACUAAUACUGCAGUUGUAUGCAAUGAUCAGCAAUGAUUUCAGUGUAAAGGAACGAAGUGAUAUUCUCUAGAUUACAGUUUUGUGUACAAUAACAUUUAACGUUGAGUACUGCAUGAAAGUACACAAUAUCUGCGGUUGAGUCAGCACUUGAACCGACUACAAAUUAUCAAACUGAAGUAAGUAGUUGAACGCCAAUCCAGGAGACCUGUGAGUGGCAUGCACGUGCGCAGCCAGCGGCAAUCCUGAUAUAUUUCAGGCAGGCAAAUUCACCCGCGUCCCAGCUAAAUAAGUACUGUAAUCCUAUCAGAGGGUAGGACACACAGCGCAUUAUGCGCCAAAGUGUUCAUGCUAUACCGGAGCAAAAAUAUUCCUCGUAAGCCCGCAGAAAGGAUUAUAUUCAGAAACGAAAAGAGUGCAGACGUUAGGCUUAAACCCCUACCCACGGGGUGUUUGCAUCUACUAUAACCGGACUCUUGAUCAUCAUUCACCCUGGGUUUGGCAUAACCAUCGGCUGGGGAAUAAUGUAAGCUGCGCUGAUAAAAAAAAAAAAGAAAUCAAGUAGAUGUGGGACCGACAGCUCUACUGUCUUAGUAUCGCAUUGCUGUGUGAAGUAUCUACCACACUGGGACCAACGGAGCUGGUUUUGUUGUGAGUUCGUCUAUCGAUGCAUGAGAGACUAUAGCACGUUACCAUCGCACUCAUAGAUCAGCUCGCCCAUUACUGCUGCCAGUCAGUUUGCAGAGCACGAACUGUUCCUUUACACGGUAAACACACGCAGUUGCACUUGGAUUCUGCCCUUACCGAACUGCGAAUUUGUCUGCCGGGAUACACUGCGCAUCAGCAGGGCAGACCUUGGAAAACAGUCACGUUUCUUCCACUAAGCCAGAGGUCACGUGUUCAGCAUGGGAGGGCAGCAGAGCACUAACGGCACAGAUGCAUACAAGGUCGACAUCUUCGGCGAUAGCAUGAGGAAAAAGUUCGACAGAGGCGAGCUGAAGGUUACCGCUACGCACCUCUGCUUCGUGGGCGCCAAGAACAACUUCGAGUGGCCCCUGGGCGAUUUGAAGCGCUUCGGCCAGGGCAAGAAGGUCUUCAGCGUCGAGCUUCUGGACCACAACGAUAUCCUGAACACCCGAGAGGUCAUCUUCAGGUCAAAGAGCGCCCAGGUCAUCUGCGAGGACUUCCGGGAGAAACUGGCGGCGCUGGAGGAGAGCAUCAGCCGGCCGGCCCCGGAGACUGCCCCCAUGGUGGAGGCGGUGUCUUGAUCACUCCACGGGCGAGGUUCCUGGAUGCACAAACUUACGCCUGGCACAGGAGUCUAGAGUUUUUCUUACUGUUUGGAAGAUCUAAGCUGAACACAAAUGCGGCUGUAUAUAGGAGAACAUAAUGGUUAGAAGGAACAAAACACAUUUUGGGAGAGUGUUAGCUUUGCUGUAGCUGCGAGCGCAGGGUAAGUGGGUGCGGCUCAUGAGCGUGCAGAAUGUCGAUAGCCGGUGCGCUUUGGUAUAGACAAGCAAAGUUGACGGGACGAGUUAAGCAGGAUUUAUGCUUCAAACUAGGUAUCGCCCUCGACAUGAAGAGACCGCAUUCUCUGAUUGAUGUGAGCUACUACGAGGACCAUAGGGAAAUGUGCGAUAGCAAUUCACGACGGUAAAAGUGAUGCAUCAGGCUCAUGUGACUAAACGCGAAGUAAACAGUAUUGCUGCAAAUAUUUUAAGGUGAUGCAUUCGCUUUUAGAACACGAAAGAUCGAGAGAAUCGAAUGAAUCUACUUACCCUUAUGUCCCAAACAACAAAGGAAGAGGCUUCGUGGUAGGAAAUUGACAUCCUGAAUUGUACAAAUCUUGAACUUUAAUUAAGUAAUUAUUCUUACUCCGGAUUUCGGAUGACGAAUUGGAAACCAGAAAACUGGCUAGAUAGAGUAUGCUAAGACCUUAAUGUCAAUAGGACCGCUCGCAUGUUGUACGAUUCCAUGUGCUCCAACACACAUUAAUUUGAAACUAAAAGUUAACGUUCAAGUUCAGUGAACACUACUCUUCCGAGGGAACAGUGAAACCCAACAGGUAGGUUUGCCCGGGCAUUUGUACCACUCCAUGAGUCUGUUAUUUUUGUGAGGUUUAUUUCAAGUUUUCUUCUGUUAGUUGUUAGAGUAAGUGAAAAAUUAUCCUUAUGGUCUUUCAAUCAUAGAUUUACCGCUUUCGGUAUGGUGCCUAUUUUCCCUUUAAACACAUGCUUCAUAAUGUUACACUUCCUUUGCUCGACGUAUUUGACCGUCGUGAUCCUUUCAUAUUGUCAGAACAUUGUCGAGUACCUUUCGUAACAGGUGCUUAAUAUUCGUGUUUUUUUAUAGCCACACCUAGUAUUUAAUUUGUAACGUAGGACUAAGUGUCUGUCCACAGUCUAUUUUCCCUUGUUUGUUCUCCCAAAAUUGGCAGGAACAUAUAUAGAUAAUGGCAUCGAUGAGUACCCGACUACAUUGCAGACUGCAUGUUAAAAAAAAAAACUAAGCUAACUGUCACCUUUAAAGGCCCAGACAAGGGUCUUCAUUUUUCUAUGACGAUUGUUAUUUACUGAUCAGCACAUUACUCAAAAUAUCAUAAGCAGUCUUGAACUUCAUCUUUUUGGGUUGAAGCAAGGGCGGAUCCAGAACACAAUUUUUUUUGGGGGGCCAAAAAAAUGUUUGGUCCACCAAA